CCAAUCGCCGCGGCCGCCUGGCGCUCGGGUCGCGUCCGCCGGUCGCAGGGAGACUGGAGCCCGGGAGCCGCGCCGCCCGCCGCCAUGCGGUUCCGCUUCGGGGUGGUGGUGCCGCCCGCGGUGGCCGGGGCCGGGCCGGAGCUGCUGGUCGUGGGGUCUCGGCCUGAGCUGGGGCGCUGGGAGCCGCGCGGGGCGGUGCGCCUGAGGCCGGCGGGCACGGCGGCGGGCGCAGGGGCGCUGGCGCUGCAGGAGCCGGGCCUGUGGCUCGGGGAGGUGGAGCUGGCGGCCGAGGAGGCGGUGCAGGACGGGGCGGAGCCGGGCCGCGUGGACACGUUCUGGUACAAGUUCCUGAAGCGCGAGCCGGGAGGAGAGCUCUCCUGGGAAGGCAAUGGGCCUCACCACGACCGUUGCUGUAUUUAUAAUGAAAACAACUUGGUGGAUGGUGUUUAUUGUCUCCCAGUAGGACACUGGAUCGAGGCCACUGGGCACACCAAUGAGAUGAAGCACACAACAGACUUCUAUUUUAAUAUUGCAGGCCACCAAGCCAUGCAUUAUUCAAGAAUUCUACCAAAUAUCUGGCUGGGUAGCUGCCCUCGCCAAGUGGAACAUGUAACCAUCAAACUGAAGCAUGAACUGGGGAUUACGGCUGUAAUGAAUUUCCAGACGGAAUGGGAUAUUGUACAGAAUUCCUCAGGCUGUAACCGCUACCCAGAACCCAUGACUCCUGACACUAUGAUUAAGCUGUAUAAGGAAGAAGGCUUGGCCUACAUCUGGAUGCCGACACCGGAUAUGAGCACUGAAGGCCGCGUCCAGAUGCUGCCGCAGGCGGUGUGUCUCCUCCACGUGCUGCUUGAGAACGGACACACCGUGUACGUGCACUGCAACGCCGGGGUGGGCCGCUCCACCGCUGCCGUCUGCGGCUGGCUCCAGUACGUGCUGGGCUGGAAUCGCAGGAAGGUGCAGUACUUCCUCGUGGCCAAAAGGCCGGCUGUGUACAUUGAUGAAGACGCCUUGGCCCAGGCAGAGGAAGACUUUUAUCAGAAAUUUGGGAAGGUUCGGUCUUCCAUAUGCGGUGUAUAAGUGAUGGAUCUGCCUCCGCUCCCUCCCGGUGUCCUUACGAAGCCUGGAGUGCUGCUUGUAAAUGACCUAGAAACCAAGAUUCUUCCUCAACUGGAAAGGCGGGUCCUGGCUUCUCCCCUGACCUGCCUUCUUUAGUCUGGCACUGACUUUUGGUUACGCUUUGGUUGAACUGUAUCUUCCUUGGAAUAUUUUACAAAGGAAGCUGUAACUGACACACAAGAAGAGUCCACAAGCAGCUGGACUGUGCAGUGUGGUUCUGGCAUCAGACAGAAGGUGAAUGGGUGCAGUUCUGUGCCUGCAGGCAGCUCGGCCCCUGCAGCAUGCUGGCUGCUUUGCGGUACUGUGACCGCACGACUGCCCUUGCUUGUUGCGUUGUGACUUGGCUUGCGGAAGAAAAGGUUAGGAGUUAUGUAGAUGGCGUCACUGCGUGUGUCCAUGCACACACACACACACACACGUACAUACACGCACAGCUUUUCUGCUGAACUGAGAUGGAAUUAUAAAGUAAGAGUUGGUCAUUUGACCAAAGAAGGGAAUAAGGGUGGGCGGGAGCCUAGGCUAUGAUAAAGUAAGAGCCUCAUAUGACCCAAAGCGAUGACUUUCUAGACUUUUUUUUUUUUUUUUGCGUUCUGCUUCAUGGUUGUUAAAAUGUGUUCCAAGGCCUCGCCUUCCUUCUCUACCCACAACCCUGUGUGACAGCCUCAGUUAGCAUUAUUAUCUCUAUUUGUUUUAGCUGAGGCUCCGGAAGCAGAGGGAGCGUGCUCAAGGUCUCAUGGCUGGUCAGGGACAAGCUGGAGUUUAUCACCCAAGUUUAUUUGACUCAUUGCUUUUUCAACACAACCUGUGGUUUUGCCAGCACAAAGUUCAGUCUCUCUCAGAGGAAGGUCGAUUUGUUUGCAGCAUUUUCUACAGUGAGAAAUGGAACCGUGUUCUGAUCAGUCGUCAUAGAAUUCAGGAAGGUAGUUAUCCUGAUUUAAACCAUGGGGGCUGUCUCACGGCCAGAGUGGCCGGAGCCGUACGUAGCUCACAAGAGGAGCUGUAUUCGCAAAAGAGCCCCAAGUGCCGAAGUCCACAGACAAUUGUUCCACAGUUUAGGGGUGAUCCUGCGUUAUCCCCCAGUUUAAUACAAAACACAGUUAGUAUGCCUCCAGACUAUGCAACUCACUAUCCUGGGUUCUACAGGAAAUAUGAAGAUUAAUAAGAUGUUGUCGGGCUUCCCUGGUUGAGAAUCUGCCUGCCAAUGCAGGGGACAUGGGUUCGAGCCCUGGUCUGGGAAGAUCCCACAUGCCGCAGAGCGACUGGGCCCGUGAGCCACAAUUACUGAGCCUGCGUGUCUGGAGCCUGUGGUCCGCAACAAGAGAGGCCGCGAUAGUGAGAGGCCUGCGCACCGCGAUGAAGAGUGGCCCCCGCACGCCGCAACUAGAGAAAGCCCUCGCAUAGAAACGAAGACCCAACAGAGCCAUAAAUAAAUAAAUUAAUAAUUAAAAAAAAAAAAAAGAUGUUGUCUUCAAAAAGCUCAUAGCCUAGAAAAAGCCCUGUGUUCAGUCAGGUGCACUGCAGGGUUGAACUAGUAAUGAUUUGCUGGAAUGCGGAAGGGGAAAUAACUUUUAUUGGGUACUUCUUGUGUGCUAGAUGCUUUAAAUCUUAUUUAAUGUAAUCUUCACGGUACCUUAUGAGGGAGAUUUUAUUAUCUCCCUUAUAUAGAUGAGGAAACUAAGACUCAGAGAGAUUAAAUCAACUGUCCUCUGUCACACGGUGAAUAAAUAGAUGAAAUGAGAUGCAAAACUAGGUUUGUCUGACUCAAAGCCCAUACUUUUUCUGUUAAAAUAAAAUGCUUAUUUAUUUUUCUCCUCCUCCUUUUCUUCCAUAAACACUUAUUGAUAGAUAUGAGAGACUCUGAUUUAGGAAGUAUGGGGAUAAGAAGGGUGGAAGGUAAGUCCCAGUGGAGUUCAGAGGAGGCAGAGGCAUCUUAUAACUGGGACUCAAAGGAGAUGGCAUUUAAUUUGGGCAGAGAAGCCUAGACAGGACACAUGUAUCCUACAAUUUUACAAAGUUACAUUUAUAAGCCAGGAUUAAGUAAUGUGAAGUCUAGUUCUCUUGCUAAAAAUAAGUAGAAGUACCUAUGGUAUUCGAGUAACCCACAGUCAUAAUGUGUUAUGUAAAAUUUAAUCUUAAAAAUGGAAUAUUUCUAACUAAUUAUAUAAAUGUGUGUGUGUGUGUGAGAAUUUCUUUAAUGUCUACAAAGUCCAGCUACGUAACCUCGACUAUAGAAAGACUUUUUGGGGGUGGAUUUUCGCCUUUUUUGCUUUGAUAGACAAAAUCAGUUUAGGGCUAUUAAAAAUGUUUUGGAAAAACUUAUCAUCCUCAGUGAAUGGAAUGUCCAAUGUAUUUCAAAAUCACCUGGAACUUUUGCUAAAUAAAAGCAUUAAAAAUGA